AUGGGAGGUCCUAGCCUAGUUGUGCAAAUAAAUGAAUCCUUGUUCCAAGGUAAAAGGAAAUAUAUCAAUAUAUAUAUAAAUAUAUAUAUGAUACCUAAUCAUGGAAGAUUACGUCUUGGAGAUCGCAAACCCGAGGAAAAGUCUAAUGAAAAUGAAGGAAGUUCAGAUGAAGACGAUGUAAUAAAUAAUCGAAAUUAUAGACAACGAAUUCAAGGGCCAUGGAUUUUUGGUUUGUGUUGUAAGCAUGAUGGCAUUUUUGAGUGA